AGGCAAGGCGUUUCGGCUGCCCAGGUGCUUUUAAGAUGUUGAGGUCUCCCUUCGUGGCCGGGGCCCCUGUUCGGAUCAGUAGCACUGAGGCUCUUUGUAGCCAAAGACAUGGACCCCGACUCGGCUCCCCCACGCCCUCAGCCUGUUGGCCACUGGCCCCACGUCGCCCUGUAAAGGAUGUCCCUCAGCAGAGCUCCGGCCCGGGACACCUCUGAGACCCCCAGCCCGAGAGAACUCAUCCGCAGCCACAUGAAGAUGGUGAUCAACCAGCUGGAAGGUAUCCUCAUAGAGCUCAAGGAUGUGGCCAAGGAACUCCGGGAGGAGGAUCAUGUUGAUUACAACCACAGCAAGGCUGUCUUUCUUUAUCAAUCAAACAAAUACAAAUGCCCUUCAUGUGCUCAGUGGGGUCUGAUGGGAGGGACAGAUGAUGUCAGGAGCUGUUGA